CAGGCCAACCGUCCCAUUGUCAUAUCCGGGCCUUCUGGCUCUGGCAAAUCGACUCACUUGAACCGUCUGCUCAAGGAGUACCCCGACCGCUUCGGCUUCUCCAUCUCUCGCCAAGAACAGAACGGUGUCGAGUACCACUUUGUUACAAAGGAGGAGUUCUUGAAGCUCGUUGAUCAGAAUGGCUUCAUCGAGCACGCCCAGUUCGGUAGCAACUACUACGGCACCAGCGUCCAGGCUGUCAAGGAUGUUGCUCAAAAGGACCGCACCUGCAUCCUAGACAUUGAGAUGGAGGUACGCAUGGCCCUCAGUCAUUCUCAUCCCAAGUGCGACUCUAAUCUGAACUAUCACAGGNGCGUCAAGCAAGUAAAGAAGAAGGACCUCAACGCCCGCUACCUCUCUCUGCAACCACCAUCGCUCGAGACUCUCGAGUCGCGUCUGCGCGGCCGUGCCACCGAUUCCGAAGACGCCAUCACCCAACGUCUUGCUCAAGCCAAGAACGAGCUCGAAUUUGCGAAGACCCCUGGUGUCUUCGACAAGGUCAUUAUCAACGACGACCUUGAGAAGGCCUGGACAGAAUUUAAGGCCUUCUGUGUGUCUGAAGAG